AUGGCUAGUCAGUCGUUUUCCCAAGGUUCGCGUAGCAGCACCAAAAGUCGUGGGAGAAGGAGGACGUGCUUUUGUGGAGAGAGACCAGUAUUGCGGACAUCAUCUACAGCGGAGAACCCAGGAAGAAGAUUCUGGGGCUGCGUCAACUAUCAGUUUGGUCGAGAACAGAUAGGAGAUGGAUGCAAUUAUUUUGCUUGGGCAGAGCCUGAAGGACAAGAUCCACAAAUUCAAAGACUGAAAAAUAAAGCGAGCUCUUUGAAACAAGAACAGCAGAAAGCUGAAAGGAAAUUUGCAUUGGCACUUGCUGUUGGAAUUCUUGGAUGGACAAUGACUGGGCUGCUGCUAUAUGAUAGACUUAAUUGA